GCUUCAGAAUAAAGUGAGCCUGGCUUAUUACUUGGAGAUUAGUAUUUUUGUAUUUUGCAUUGAGACACUUGGUUACUGGCAGAACACUAUAAAAUUUGAGAAAAUAGCACAGAUUGUUAUGUAGGGAAAUUUAGUUUUUAUAUCUACUGUUUCCCCUAAUGUUGUGCUUUACACAUGGAGCCAGUUGCAAAAGAAAACCUGAGUAGGAUCCUAAGUAACCCAAGUGAUCCCUUGAAUAGGAUUCUGCACUCUCCUCUGUUGCUUGGUACUUCGUGAAAAGCACGAGGUGCAGAAGGAAACAUACAAAUUCUAAUUGUGUGGGUAUACCGCAAGAAGGACAGGACUUGUUAUGGGUUUAAUCAGGCCACAACUUUAUUAUAUAGAUGUCUGGGACUACCCGGCAGAUAAAGUGUACAGUGCAGGCAAAUCCAUGCUUAUUUAAAUCAAUUCUCCGGGGCUUUCACCAGACCCCCUUUGUUUAAUCCAUGCUUAUUCAACUCAGUUAUCCGGGGCUUUCGCCAGCCCCCUUUUGUUUCCAUCCAGGUCCCCCAGCUGAUCCAUGGCUUGGACCUUACCAUCCACCAGCCUUGUAAGAGGGUUAAGGAGGGCUAUGAGAACAGAGGGGGUUGGCUCCCUGCCGUACUGAUCAUUGGAGUCCCCGAACCCUCUCCCCUAUUCUGUUCCUUUAUCCAGGACCACCUUUUAAGUCCUUUACCAGGCCAUUUAUCUGGUCACUGGCUGCCCUCCUUAUGGAGUACCUGCACUGAACAUCCGCUACAAGGAGGCGCCAGCCAUUUGCUUGGCUGCCUCCCCCCAACCCCGCCAAGUUCCCAGACAUCUGCAAAUGGCCUCUUGGCUAGCAGCCCUACUGGGGAGAAAGAACUCUGCAUUUCUGAAAUACAUUGCAUAUAAUCCUGACAACAGUACUGUGAGCUAAACAGGUGCUGUGUUACCUGAAUCUUAUAGAUGAGAAAACUGAGACAGAGUUUAAAUGACUUGCCCAAAGCCACAGAGAGUUAUUUCCAGAUUUGUGAUUUGACCUUCAGUUCUCUGCUCAGACUCCAUUAUGCUACUCUUCUCAUAAAUAAAAUAAACUUGGUAGCUAGUUAUGAAACUUUUAAAAUGAAGGGGAAGAGCUGCUGUGUGUGGGGCUUGUGCUUGUGUGCGUGUGCGGUUCCUAUACAAACUUAGAAAUGCCCAGACUAGGUGAUUCUUCUUUCUCUACUCCCACCAAAUAUGUACCUUCCUAGAUAUUUCCUUGCACGGUUAGCACUCCACUUGGAUUACUUUUACCUCACUUGCACCUGAAAUUCUGGAGAGGAGGGGAGAGAACAAUGACAUCAACAUAAAAUAAUCUUAGAUAGAAUUAAGUAAACUAGGAGCUAGCUGAAAUUUUGCCAUACAUGCCAAAAAAAAACCCAAACACCUUAUUACACUUACCUCCAGCGCUUCCAAUCAGUAUAAUCUAAAUGUUUGUUUCGUCUGGAUGACUGGAAAGUGGCUAUUGAAUUAGAGUAGCCUUCCUUUUCAGACAUUUCCUAUCAUAUUUCAUGAGACAUCUAAUGUGAGCAUCUGGGAGUGACUAUUUUUGAUCUGGUAGGUCUAGAAUCAGAUAUUCAAAUUUGUAUUUCAGGUAACUUAGUUGUUUUAUGAAUCAAUUUGUAAAACAAGAUAUAUGUUUGCUUCCGCUGACUUACAAGAUACUAUUGUAUGUGUUAAUCAGAAGAUAGCUGUAUCUUUGAUCUUAUUGAGUACUUGUUUAUUUCUUUUCUUGGGGGAUGGGUGGAGGACUCCUUUGUUCCUGUGCAAGAAGCGCAAGGAUUUUCCCUCAGUCCUACUUCGCAGCCAUCCUUCCUGAGGAGAACUAGAUGGAACUCUGCGUAGCCUGUCAAUACCUCAUUAUAAUCAGAUGUGAAAAAUGAUUGAGCAUUGUGAGCCACACCCCUCCACUCCCAGGAGCCUCCAGACAUGAAUAAUUAAAGUUCUGAAAAGAUGCUGACAACUUUAAAAAUCACCCCUAAAGACCAUGUCACUGAGCUUGGUAAGGACAAAUUUCACGUUGAUGGUAAUGUGCUGUUCUGUACUGGAUGCAAUAAGGCUGUAGAUCGUUUGAAUGCAGACAAUUUUAGAACACAUGGAAAGCACUAAACAUAAACUGAAUGAAAAUAAACUAAAGCAAGAGGCUGAAACAGCAGGGCCAUUGUUGACAGUAAAGAAACUGCACUGUGACUGGAUCAUUCUAGCAUUUUACAACUGUCAAAGAACAGCAUGAAACUGUCACUUUCAGUUUUUGUUCGAAUGUGUGUAAAUUCCUCUGCAUAAAAUUGAUUUACCUGUUGUCUGAGAUUUUUUGAGCAAGCACGUUGAAAGGUAAUGCCAUUCCCAAAUCAGAUCAAUUGUAUUCCCGUUAUGUACGAACUCUCUUUGAAGAGGACAUACAGCACCUUCUCAAUGACCUGAAAGGAAACUCGAUUGCCGUGAUCAUCGACAAACAACCGACUUAAUUUCAUGGCUGGAGCAUCUUACAUCAUCAACUGAUAAUGCGACUGGAUCUGCAGCUGCUCAAAAUGCUGCUGAUAAACUGAGACAGUACAACCUAAAAAAUAAACAACCAGCAAUUGAUUUUCUCCAUGAUGUUCAUGCACUGGAUCCUAAACAGAUAGUUGCUGCUUCUACAGAUUAUGAAACUGAAAUCACAAUUAAAGCUGUCUGAAGAAUGCAACAUGGAAUGGCUAGUGUAUUUAGGGAUUGCCAAAGACCUGUUUGAAAACGUUGAGGAUCCCUCAACGUUUGAGGCUGUUGGAGAUCGCGUUCCCAACCUGGUGAAACAUGCAGUGGCUCUCCUCCAACUUGACUGUAUAUUCAGCUUACAUGGAACGAAGUUUCAGCCAACUUGGGGUUCUUUUCUGUGCUCAGCACCAAUGUUUGAAAGAUGAAAAUGUGGCUGGAAUGCUGCAACUCUAUUUUAACAACCAGGACUAACUCCUAAAUGUCUGAGCAACACUCCUCCACUAACAGAAUACUUCCUAAAUGACAAAUAUCAGGACGAGCUAAAUUUUGACAAUCCUUUAGGAAUGCGAGGUGAAAUAGCAAAAGCGUAUGCAGAGCUCAUCAAGCAAAUGUGGUCAGGAAAAUACAGCUACGUCACACCAAGAGCAUUUAAGACACAAGUGGGACGAUUUGCACCUCAGUUUUCUGGAUAUCAGCAACAAGACUGUCAAGAACUUCUAGCUUUUCUCUUAGAUGGUUUACAUGAGGAUUUGAAUCGGAUUAGGAAAAAGCCUUAUAUUCAAUUAAAGGAUGCAGAUGGAAGGCCGGACAAGGUGGUUGCUGAGGAAGCCUGGGAGAACCAUUUAAAAAGAAAUGAUUCCAUCAUUGUAGAUAUAUUUCAUGGGCUUUUUAAAUCCACCCUUGUUUGUCCUGAAUGUGCUAAGAUUUCUGUAACCUUUGAUCCCUUUUGUUACUUGACACUUCCAUUACCCAUGAAAAAAGAUCGCACUUUGGAAGUUUAUUUAGUUAGAAUGGAUCCACUUACUAAACCUAUGCAGUACAAAGUAGUUGUUCCGAAAAUUGGAAAUAUACUGGACCUUUGCACAGCACUGUCAGCAUUGUCUGGUGUUGCUGCAGAUAAGAUGAUAGUUACUGAUAUAUACAAUCAUAGGUUCCACAGAAUAUUUGCUAUGGAUGAAAAUUUGAGUAGUAUUAUGGAACGCGAUGACAUCUAUGUAUUUGAAAUCGCUAUCAACAGAACAGAGGAUACAGAGCAAGUCAUAAUUCCUGUUUGUUUAAGGGAAAAGUAUAGACACACUAGUUACAGCCACCAUAGUGGUUCUUCGCUCUUUGGUCAACCUUUUCUUAUAACAGUGCCUAGAAACAAUACUGAAGAUAAACUGUAUAACCUUCUGCUGUUGAGAAUGUGCCGAUAUGUGAAAACAUGUACUGAAAGUGAAGACACUGAAGGAUCCCUACACUGCUGUAAGGACCAUGGUAUCAAUGGUAAUGGCCCAAAUGGAAUACAUGAAGAAGGAUCCCCAAGUGAAAUGGAGACAGAUGAACAAGAUGACGAAUCCAGCCAAGAUCAGGAACUUCCUUCAGAGAAUGAAAACAGCCAAUCUGAAGACUCAGUUGGAGGAGACAAUGAUUCUGAAAAUGGAUUGUGUACUGAGGAAACUUGCAAAGGUCAACUACUCAUGGGACACAAAAAACGAUUGUUUACAUUCCAGUUCAACAAUUUAGGCAGUACUGAUAUCAACUAUAUCAAAGAUGAUACCAGACAUAUUAGAUUUGAUGAUAGGCAACUUAGGCUUGAUGAAAGAUCCUUUCUUGCUUUGGAUUGGGAUCCUGAAAUGAAAAAAAGAUACUUUGAUGAUAAUGCAGCAGAGGAUUUUGAAAAACAUGAAAGUGUGGAAUAUAAACCUCCAAAAAAGCCCUUUGUGAAAUUAAAAGAUUGCAUUGAACUAUUUACAACAAAGGAGAAACUAGGUGCUGAAGAUCCAUGGUAUUGUCCAAACUGUAAAGAACAUCAGCAAGCAACCAAAAAGUUAGAUUUGUGGUCACUGCCCCCAGUACUGGUAGUACAUCUAAAGCGCUUUUCUUACAGUAGAUAUAUGAGGGACAAGCUGGAUACACUGGUUGAUUUUCCAAUAAAUGACUUGGAUAUGUCAGAGUUCCUUAUUAAUCCAAAUGCAGGGCCUUGCCGCUAUAAUUUGAUUGCUGUGUCCAACCACUAUGGAGGAAUGGGAGGAGGGCAUUAUACUGCUUUUGCAAAAAAUAAAGAUGAUGGAAAAUGGUACUACUUUGAUGACAGUAGUGUAUCAACUGCAUCUGAGGACCAAAUAGUGUCCAAAGCAGCAUAUGUGCUCUUCUACCAGAGACAGGACACUAUCAGUGGAACUGGGUUUUUCCCUCUUGACCGGGAAACUAAACAAGGUGCUUCAGCUGCCACAGGCGUCCCAUUAGAGAGUGAUGAAGACAGCAAUGAAAAUGAGAAUGAUAUAGAAAAUGAAAAUUGUAUGCACACUAACUAAUAGAGGACCUAGAAGCCAUAAAAAGAAAGACUUUCUCAUUGGAGAUAUCUAUUGAAAGAAUGAAAUUGCCCACCAAAUUAAAAAUAAAAUCUGAGAUGGGGAAUUUCAGAUAACAGAAUGUAAAUCCUUUAUUGCAUUUUAAUAUGUGCAGUACUUGAAGUGAAACACAAUGAAAACUUAAACAGAAAUUGUCUCUAAUACAUUUACAGACUUGUAUUCACAAGCUAUCUACAGGAUAUCACAAAUAAACCCCUUUUAAGUUUUCUGCUGCUGUUUUGAUGAAUUAUGUUUUCUUCAUUUGGGAUGUGAGUUAAUAACUAAAAUGUUAAAUUUGUGGACUUUGGUCAUUUAUUUUCUUAGUAUUACAAGAAUACUACGGUGGAGAGCCUAGUUUUUGGAUGAUUUUAUUCAUGUAUAUUAGGCUGUCACAUGUACUACUAUUAUUUAGCUAGUACAUGUGGCAUAAAUAUGAGAAGUAGUAUUCCUGAAACACCAAAUUUUCAAGUUUCUCCCUAGAAAUUAAUGUUGACCAAUUUUAAACUCAAUCAUGAUAGAAGAAAAUAUCUUGAAAAGGUGUUUUAACCUUUUGUGGUAUAAUUAAACAUCCAGAUUAUUAUGUUCAUCUUAUUGCUGCUGUGGAACAGGUUCUGGAUUUCAUGCUGAAUUAACAAACUUUUUCAAUUAAAUGUAAGUAUCCCUUGUUGCUUGUUGGAUCUAUUCUGUUGACAUUAUAAUUCCUGUUAUCUUGCUUAUAAGCCAUGCAUAACUUUAAUCUGGUGUCUCUCCAAAAUUUAAAAUUGUGCUGUAAGUCUCCCCUGGCCCUCCCAUGUGGGUAGUUUGGCAGCUUUCAAACUACUUUGUUAUAGGGACAGAUUUAAUAGUAUUCUGUAUCCAUAGUAAUGACUGUGUGUCAGGCUUAGAUAAAAGAAUUUUUUCCACAUAACUUGCCUUUAAAUUGUUAAUGAACAAUUGGUUUUAAAGGUAGGUCUGUUAAUUUUCUGUGUGUGUUCCUGAUGGAAGCACCAUAGCCUUACAGCUUAUCUCAAAAGGUAACUUAUUAAAGGAGAAUUGGCAUUUGCAUGUUCAAGAGUCAGAACCUAUACAGUAUAUAAAGCAUACAAACCUUGAAUUGGAUUUUAGUUAACCAUGUUCAAGAGUCCAGGAUGCCAAAAAUAAGUGUGACAAUUUGAAACAUUUUUAAUUUGCUGCUUUCCCUUUGAUCUAGUUGGACGAAUGUAUUGUUGAUUUGUAUACAAUACUGCCUUUGAUAGGAGCUCUUAAGUGUGGGGGCACACUUCACAUAUCUACUACCUGAAGAAUUGCUUUGUGUCCCACUGUUAUGAAAAGCAAAAAGUAUGAUGUUCUUCACUUGAACUAAUCAAAUACAAUAGGUUAUAAAUUGUGUAUUGUAAAUAAAAGUUCACUCUGUGAGUGCACAUUUUGGUAAAUUAUUUAUUUAUGUUAGCAUUAAAAAGUUUAAAAAAUUGCAUUUGACCAGGAUAUAAAUGAGGUAUGUUGGACAUGGCUUUGCAUUAUACCUUGAUAUUAAAGCUGGUGUUUCAUCCUGGUAUUUUAAAGCUGCUUUCUGAGUUUUUUUUUUAAUGUAAACUAACCUCCUGCAUGACAGAGGUUAAAAUUUUGUCUGCACUUGAGUUCACUUGGGUUUACAUUUGAAAUGCGCAUGUUUAUUUAAUACAGAUUUCAAUAAAGCUAUUCAAGGCCUUA